GAGAAGGAAACUGACAUAACCUUCUGACAAAUUCACCGAUUCCCAACAGACUUUGAAAAGCUUUGUCAUGGAGGAAUAUGAAUUUAGUGUUAAGCAGCUACAACCGAAUGUCAUAUCGGUACGCCUCUACAAGAGAAAAGUGGGUGGUCUGGGGUUCCUGGUCAAGCAAAGAAGGAGCAAACCCCCAGUGAUCAUUUCUGACAUAAUUCGAGGUGGGGCGGCAGAGCAAAGUGGUCUUGUGCAGGUAGGUGACAUUAUAUUAGCAGUGAAUGACAGACCACUUGUAGAUGCUAGUUAUGAAACAGCCCUGGAAAUACUACGCAGUAUUGCCUCAGAGACAUUUGUGGUGCUCAUUCUUAGAGGCCCUGAAGGCUUCACAACUCAUUUGGAGACCACCUUUACAGGAGAUGGAACACCUAAGACAAUUAGAGUUACCAGACCUCUUUGCCCAAAGUCAAAGUCAAGUGACUUUUCAAGUCAGAGCCUGUAUAGUAAAGACCAACAAAAUAUGGUGGACAGUGCCACAAGUUCAGCUGGAUCUUCUUGGCAGGAAGUGCACCAGCUUCUUCACUUAAAUGGACUUGAUGGUAUCAAAGGAGAUGACAUCAGUAUAAGUCCUUGCCUUAAUGGGGGAGCAGAAAACAAUGACAUCAUGAAAGAGAUUGAACCUGUAGUGAACCUGUUACAGAAUGCAUGUAAAGAGUUAAAUGGAGAUGGUCAUCGCCUAUCCGAAAGGAAGGACGCAGAAGUUCAAGUUGAAAGCAAACCCCAGAAGGGAGGCGACAGUGAUGCAGCCUUAAAUGAUUUAUGGAGAAGCAACAAGAAUACGUCCGUCGUAUUAAACAACCCUUACCUAGAGUGUGAGCAGGUUUUAGCCUCGGGUAGACAGUCCCCUGCAAAGAGCCAGGUGAACGGAAGUCCUUCCAAAUGUCCUCGUUAUCUGAGAGUGAAAAAUUGGGACACAAAUGCUGUACUGCAUGACACGCUGCACUUCAAGGCUUCCAUGCCUACAUCUUGCACACAGCAGAUAUGUAUGGGAGCUGUCAUGACACCUCCACAGUAUGUCCGUAAGUCAGAAGAUAUACGCACUAAAGAGCAGCUUCUUCCUCUUGCCAAGGAAUUCAUUGACCAAUAUUACAGUUCAAUUAAAAGAUUUGGCUCUAAGGCUCACUUAGAGAGACUGGAAGAAGUAAGAAAGGAGAUUGAAGAAACUGAUACCUACCAGCUUCGUGAUACUGAGCUGAUAUAUGGAGCUAAACAUGCAUGGCGCAACGCAGCUCGCUGUGUGGGAAGAAUUCAGUGGUCCAAACUGCAGGUCUUUGAUGCUCGAGACUGUACCACUGCACAUGGCAUGUAUAAUUACAUCUGCAACCACAUCAAGUAUGCCACCAACAAAGGCAACCUCAGAUCAGCAAUCACCAUUUUCCCCCAAAGGACUGAUGGGAAACAUGACUUUAGGAUCUGGAAUGCACAGCUUAUCCGUUACGCAGGUUACAAGCAGCCUGAUGGCUCGGUGCUCGGGGACCCAGCUAAUGUAGAGCUAACUGAGAUUUGCAUUCAGCAAGGCUGGAAAGCUCCACGAGGCCGUUUUGAUAUCCUCCCUCUCGUUCUUCAAGCAGAUGGCAAUGAUCCUGAACUGUUUGAGAUCCCGCCAGAAAUGAUUAUGGAGGUCCAAAUCCGGCAUCCUAAGUUUGAAUGGUUCAAAGAUCUAAGUCUGAAGUGGUAUGGACUACCAGCUGUGUCCAGUUUGCUCCUAGAGAUCGGAGGCCUGGAGUUUACUGCUUGCCCUUUCAGUGGAUGGUACAUGGGCACGGAAAUUGGAGUUCGAGAUUACUGCGAUAACUCACGCUAUAACAUAAUGGAGGAAGUCGCCAAAAGAAUGAACUUGGACACAAGAAAAAUGUCUUCACUAUGGAAAGACCAAGCUUUGGUGGAAAUUAAUAUUGCAGUUCUAUACAGUUAUCAGAGUGAUAAAGUAACCAUUGUAGAUCAUCACUCUGCCACAGAGUCAUUUAUUAAGCAUAUGGAAAACGAGUACCGGUGUCGUGGAGGUUGUCCUGCUGAUUGGGUGUGGAUAGUACCCCCAAUGUCUGGGAGCAUUACUCCAGUAUUUCACCAAGAGAUGCUCAACUACCGUCUGACACCUUCCUUUGAAUAUCAGCCUGACCCCUGGAACACUCAUGUUUGGAAAGGAGUGAAUGGGACUCCAACUAAGAAACGAGCCAUUGGAUUCAAAAAGUUGGCCAAGGCAGUUAAAUUUUCAGCCAAAUUAAUGGGGCAAGCAAUGGCAAAAAGAGUUAAAGCUACAAUCCUAUAUGCGACUGAAACCGGCAAAUCUGAAUGCUAUGCAAAAACAUUAUGUGAAAUAUUCAAGCAUGCCUUUGAUGCCAAGACCACGCCCAUGGAAGAGUAUGACAUUGUACAUUUAGAACAUGAAACUCUUGUCCUAGUGGUGACCAGCACUUUUGGAAAUGGUGACCCGCCAGAAAAUGGAGAGAAAUUUGGCUGUGCCCUGAUGGAGAUGAGGCAUCCUAAUUCUAACAUGGAGGAGAGAACGAGUUACAAGGUACGAUUUAACAGUGUGUCUUCCUAUGCUGAUGCUCGAAAGUCAUCUGGAGAUGAAACAGGUCCUAGAGAUAAUUUUGGAAGUGCAGGUCCCUUAGCCAAUGUUAGAUUCUCAGUCUUUGGACUUGGUUCAAGAGCUUACCCUCAUUUCUGUGCCUUUGCCCGAGCUGUGGAUACUCUGCUGGAAGAGAUGGGGGGAGAGCGAAUCUUAAAAAUGGGGGAAGGGGACGAACUCUGUGGACAAGAGGAAUCAUUCAGAACGUGGGCUAAAAAAGUAUUCAAGGCUGCCUGUGAUGUUUUUUGUGUCGGAGAUGAUGUGAAUAUUGAAAAAGCGAACAAUUCACUGAUUAGUAAUGACCGUAGCUGGAAGAGGAGCAAGUACCGGAUCAGCUUUGUGGCUGAGGCUCCAGAGCUCACACAAGCCCUCUACAGUAUUCACAGAAGGAAGGUGUAUGGCGCAAGGCUGUUAAGUCGACAGAAUCUACAAAGUGCAAAAUCCGGUCGAUAUACUAUAUUCCUCCGACUUCACACAAAUGGACACCAAGAGCUGAGCUACAAGCCAGGAGAUCACUUGGGAAUAUUUCCUGGCAACCAUGAUGAGCUCGUCAAUUCCCUGAUUGAGAAGUUGGAAGAUGCCCCUCCAGUAAAUCAACUGGUUAGGGUAGAAAUCUUGGAGGAAAGAAAUACAGCCCUAGGUGUAAUCAGCAACUGGACAGAAGAGGAGAGGAUUCCCCCAUGCACCAUAUUCCAAGCCUUCAAAUAUUUUCUGGAUAUCACAACUCCCCCCACCCCAAUCCUCAUGCAGCAGAUUGCAUGUCUUGCUACCAAUGAGAAAGAGAAACAACGCCUGGAGAUUUUGAGCAAGGGCUUACAAGAAUAUGAACAGUGGAAGUGGUACAAGAACCCCACCAUUGUGGAGGUGCUAGAGGAGUUCCCCUCAGUUCAGAUGCCAUCAUCUCUCCUGCUCACACAGCUACCACUGCUGCAGGCCCGUUACUACUCCAUCAGCUCAUCUCCUGACAUGCAUCCUGAUGAAGUUCACCUCACCGUUGCAGUUGUGUCCUAUGGUACAAGAGAUGGUGAUGGCCCCAUACAUCAUGGUGUCUGCUCCUCCUGGCUUAACAGAAUACAGACUGAUGAAGUGGUACCUUGUUUUGUAAGAGGAGCACCCAGUUUCCAAAUGCCACAAGAUCCACAUGUGCCCUGCAUCCUGAUUGGUCCUGGGACUGGUAUUGCACCCUUUAGAAGCUUCUGGCAACAACGCCUGUAUGAUAUCCAGCAUAAAGGAAUGAAACCUUGUCCAAUGAUACUAGUGUUUGGAUGUCGGGAAUCAAAGAUUGAUCAUAUCUAUAAAGAAGAAGCAAUGCUUGCAAAGAACAAAGGAGUGUUUAAAGAACUGUUCACAGCGUAUUCCCGGGAACCGAAUAAACCAAAGAAAUAUGUGCAAGACGUUUUGCGUGAACAGCUCUCUGAGGUGACCUUCAAAGCCCUAAAGGAGCAGGGAGGGCACAUAUAUGUAUGUGGGGACGUCACUAUGGCAGGAGAUGUCCUUAAAAGUCUUCAUCAGAUUGUAAAACAACGUGGGAACUUGAGCCCUGAAAAAGCAGGAGCCUUCAUCAGUAAACUAAGGGAUGACAACAGAUAUCAUGAAGACAUAUUUGGAGUGACACUACGGACAUAUGAAGUUACAAAUCGUCUCAGAUCUGAAUCAAUUGCAUUUAUUGAAGAAAGCAAAAAGGACUCAGAUGAGUGAGUAACAAUCUAGGGUUUUCUGCUCAUAACUGGAAUAUUUUCAUUGUUCACAAAUGGCAAACUGGUCAUGAGGCACAACACACCCCAUGCACAUGGCAUACCACACCUGCAUGUACACUGUUUGUGGAGACAUACAUAAACUGUGUGUACUGCAUGUAUGACAACAGCCGAUGACUCCGCACCCUUAGGGCAAUGUGGAGAUUUACAUAUACUAACUCGCUUUUUCUUUCUCACGAAAAGCCUCCCUUACAAGAUGGAUUUUGUAACUUCAGAGGCAUUUUUUUAACUGGGACUAUCAGCACUGAUCUGCCUGCCGUGCUUGUCCGUUGCUCAUUAACAUAUAUUAAUUUAUGUAAGAGACAUAUAUAUGAUAUCUCUUCCAUUGUAACGAUGGGAUUCCAGUUGUUUUCAAUAUAAACUCACUAAGAUAAGUCUGCUUGAGAUUCCGCUGCUGCAUCUUGAAACAAGAUAUUAAAUGCAAGAAAAAAACAAAAAAAAAACACCAUUCUCUGGUGCAUGAAUCUUGUUCUUGUCCUCAGGCCUUGCUUUGUGUUUUUGGACUAAAAUACGUCCGGGUAGUAAAUAAGAGUUAAAGAUUUCAACAUUUACGUCAUCUUUUAUGCAAACAGCCAAAAUUGUUAUAGUCUUCAAUCUGCUGUGUAUUUUCUUACUAUGAUCACCUUGGAUGUCAUCUACCUGUAGAAUUAAAAGGGGUUUUCCAGGCUCCUGAUAUUGAUGGCCUAUUCACAGGAUAGAUGAUCAAUAUCUGAUCUGUGAGGAUCCAACACUCAGCAUCCCGAAGAUCAGCUGUUCUCUGCAUCCACUGGAAUUACCACAGCUCUGUUCAAAGUGUAGUCGCUGUGCCGUGUG